UUGUUUUCGUUUCUUCUAUUUUCAACGCUGUUACACGCCUCGUGAUGUGAGACCGUGUUAACUGGGAUGCUGCUUAGAUAUUCAGUUCCAACCGUACAGUAGGUGGUUCCGUUGGGAAGAGAGGGCGUGCACUGUAUUGAUUCGGCAUUGAAAGCUAAAAGGAGACAUUGGUAUCUGGUUCAAUGCAAUUGUUUAGUUUCCAGCUAUUUUGUUUGAUUUUGAUGACCACUCAAACGUGAGGACACCUAAAUGCGACUAACCCUAACUGAUAUUGAUAGCCUACUCUUUUAACACAAAUAAAUCUACUUUGGACAAUCGAAACAAUCCAAAUAUUUGGCGUGGAACUCGACGUGGAACACCAGCUCCAAUAAAUUGUUAUGGCUAUUAACACCGAUGCGACGUUUGGAAAAAGCGCUCUUGGCGAGAGGGAAGUUUCGCAUCCCACAGACUUCCAAGAUACGGAAAAACUUUUGAGCACUAUGAAGAACGAACCAAGCGGGCAAAGCAAUCUCAAACGGUCCGACUCCUUGUCCCUCAACAUGAAAGGCAGUGUCCGUUCUCUUGACGCGGACCUAACCGGACACAUGUCUCCGUUUAAGUCGGGAUCCGUGGGAAAUCUUGGGGCCCCACCCGUUUCACCCACCCGUCUCAGCUUAGGCCCAGCGCCCUCUCCGGUGCCACCAGAUGCAGAACCACCGAGCUACCUCUGGCUGGCAAUUAUAUCAUGCUUUUGCCUUUCCAUCCCGGUGAACAUGCUUGCACUGUGGUAUGCGCAUGUGUCUCGAUCUGUUCUUCAGACUGGGGAUGUUGAGAGUGCAAGAAAGUUUGGGCGUCUCUCUCUAACGCUUAGCUGCAUCGCGAUCCUUCUGGGCGUGGCUUUAUAUAUUUUCAUAGUGGUCACAGAGACAAACUGAGUGUGAUCCUAGUCGUCUCCGAUCUUUACCACGUCUACGGUGAAACUGAUGAGCAUAAUUUAGAUGCGUUGAAGAAAUUACCAUCAGACUUUGUCCAGAGAGAAAUAUGCGACAAAAGAGUAAAAGAACAAUAUGCAAUCAAGACUAGCUUAAGAUAUUUUGAACUGAAUUUGAAAGCUGCAAGAAGAAUCUCUCUCACUCCUGAUGAACCAAAGAGAAC